CGUGCUUUGCAUGUACAUAGUUUAUAGAAUCCAAUAUUAUUAAUUUUUUAAAGAAGUUUUAAGAAAUAUUAUCUAUAAAAUAAGUUAGUUCAAUCAAAAGUAUACCGAUUGGAAUUAUAUCGUAUACCACAUAUUAUAGUGUUUGUACAUUAAGACAAUCAAGAGAAAAAUAACUUUGGAAUUUUCAUGUCAUUCUUCAUUCACCAAUGUGCUGAUUGCAAUUGCAUUCCAGUGUAGUAAAAUGGAGUCAAAAGUUUUGGAAGUUGUAAAAGUUAUUCGGACGUUAUUAACAUCAGCAAAAAAUGGAUUGCACAUCCAAGAAAUUAUCGACGAUUAUAAACAAAUAGAAGGAAAACCGAUUCCAUUAAAUGCACUUGGAUACAAUACGUUGGAAGAUUUUUUACGUGAUACAAAUCAAUUUGCUUUAAUCGAAACGAGACAAGGCACUAUGGUAAUUUCAAAACCGUUCAAAGAUUUAUACGCAAAUCAAUCGAUACCGAAUAGUCCCAGUAAGGGUAAAAAGAAAAGCAUCAUGAUACCACCGCAACGAGCACUACGUUCAACAACUGAAAAUCACUGGAACGUUACUGCCUAUUCACAAGCCUAUACAGAAAUGCAAAACAGAUCAGUAAAAAAAGCAUUUACUCAUCCGGCCAAAUUAUUGCAGGCGACUUACAGCAAUAGCGGAUUUUAUCGACCUAUUUUAAAGCAAUCAAAUAUAAAACAAGUGCCAAGAGAUGAAUCUCAAAAUUCCACAGCUAAUGCUUUAGAGACCAUAAGUAAUUCGAACAAUAUAACACCGUCAGUAGCUCGUUCGUUCCAAAUACGAGAGCAAAGUAAUCAUCAGAAUAACGUGGUAUCCAAUACUGCAACACAGAUUGACCGAAUAUCAAAAAAAUCAAUUGAUUUACCAUCAUCAACAAAAACUAGUGUGCAAUCACGCUUGGAGAUUCAAAAAAAUAUUUUAAUUGACGUACCAGAUUCCGUUCCAUCUCAAGCGACAACAGUACCACAAUAUAGUAGUUUAAAUGGUUGUGAGAGUGAUCAAAAGAUGAAAAACGUCGCAUCGGAAAGUUUUGACAUUCGUCCAUUUAUUCAUGCAGUUACUGCAUACUGUCGUCAAAAAGGAUAUGCAGAGCCGACGUACACAUUCAGCAGAACAAAAGCACGAAAAUUCACCUGCAAAGUAACUGUUGGAAUGGCUAUUUACGCCAGUUACCCAAACGAAUUUAAUACACAAGCAGAAGCUCAAGAAGAGGCAUCCCGUAUCGCAUUUGAAAAUAUCAAAGAGAUGGAAUAUCGUGAAAAAUACCCCAUAUGCAUGGAUUCAAGUGCUGAAAUUGCCAACAAGAUCUUUGAAUGCAUAAGUGAAAAUGGUGUUUUCUUGAAAUUUAUUCCACAACUUUUUCAGGAAAAAUACGAUGCCAUUCUUCCUGAUGGAUGGAUGGAUGUUAUUGAAAAUAGUCGCCAGAUGUUUUCAAUUGCCAAAGAUGCGUUGAUGGAUCGGGUGUAUCCCAAUAUUACAAAUCAAAAGAGUGAUAACGACUCAGCCGAACAAAAGUUAAAUGAACUGGAGGAAUUGAUCUUGCCAUUCAAUGAAAAGCAUUGGAAUGUUUUCAUUACAUCAGUCUCGUCAACCGUAGACAUUUGGGGGCGACUUAUUGGUGCUGAAUACUCUGCCAAAUUGGAUUCAAUUUUGGAUGAUAUUGAAACGGAAUUAAUAGCAGGUGGUUCAAAGACAAUAUGCAACAACUUGACAGUUGGUAAAUAUUGCUACAUUACAAAUCCAGAUUGUUAUCGUGUUCGUAUUGAGAAAAUCGAUGAAAAUCAGAAAAUGGCUUUAUGUUUCCUUAUUGAUUACGGUGAUGAAGAAUGGUGGGCUAUAAAUCAAAUAUACGAAGGCGAUGCCAAAUUAUUUUCAUUACCAGAGCAAGCAAUUCGAUUUAGCUUAUUCAAUUUGGAAGAUUUUGCCGAGAAUCGACACGCCAAGCAAGAAGUGGAUGAGUUUUUAGCUGGAAAAACUCUAAUCGCUGAAGUAAAGUCAACACAAGCCGAGUACUUGGCUCAAUGCGAAUCAAGCGUGGAUGCUAAAAUUAAGGCAGUUUUCUAUGAUACGACGUCCGAUGAGGACGUACAGUUGAACAAAAUGAUUUUGGAAAAAAUUUGCGAAAAAAUUGAAACACCACAAUUGCAACGUUCUAAAUGGAAUCCGGUUAUUGUGUCGCAUGUUAGCGAUUCAGGCGAUAUUUAUGUGCAAUUAUCUAGCGAUAAAGGAAAUACCGUUCAUAACAUCAAGCAGCUUAUACAUAGAUUGACUCAAAAUGGAAUUAGCAAUCAGUUUACACGUACAAAAUCCACAAAUAAUGACUACACAGCAAAUGAUUUGUAUUUAGUUCAAGAAACCAGCAAUUUAAAAUGGUAUCGGGCAGCAAUUUUACCAACCAAAUCUACCAAUAGCACAACAGAGCUAUGCAAGUAUGUAGAUUACGGAAUGACCAAAAAUGUUCCAUGCGAAAAUAUCUAUCGUUUGGAUUUAUUGAGCGCUGCUCUCAAUAAAUAUCCACAUCAAGCAAUCCAUGUACGACUAAACGAUGUUACCAAUUAUAAUCCGAAGAUUGUGGCCCGAUUAAGAGGACUUUUGUGUUCUGGGGCACCCGUCCUUGCUCAAAUUGCAAAUUGCAGUUCGAUGGUGCAAAUGGUAAAUAUUUGCAAACGCCUACCAGAAAAUAAUAUUCUAUGUAAUAUCAAUGACACUAUUCGAAUGGAACAAGAAAUCGAAAGUUCGCUUGAUUUGCUGCUUGAAAGUGAAAAUACAACGGUUAUCCAACUUAUGUCACCAAAAGAAAGUUUGGUAAUUGGAAAAGCAGAAUUCCGUUUAUAUCCGGAGCCACCACUCGAUAAAUACUUCAAUGUGAUUGUUGUGACAGCACCAAGUCCAUCUAAUUUUUUCGUAAGGCCUUGUCGAGAGGAAAGUGGAUUUAAAGACAUGAUGUUAUCACUACGGAGCUUUUGCGAUAGUUUCAAUCAAAAGAUAAACAUAAGUGAUGUUCAAGUGAAUCAAUACUAUGCUGGUCAACUUCAAGAUGGUUAUUUUUACAGAGUAAAGAUCGAGAAUAUCUUACCAGCUGACACGGUGUGUGUUUACAAAUGUGACUUUGGCGAUAUCAAUUUUCUAAAUACAGAUGCAUUGCGACCGCUUGGAUCGGAGUUUAGAAAAAUUCCACAGCUCGCAAUUCCGGCAAAAAUGCACGGCAUUCAACCAAAAAAUAAUGUAUGGAACAACGAUGACAGUGCAUUUUUCCAGAAGCUAACCGUGCAGAAACAAUUUGCAACUGAGAUCAAAGCCAUUCGCAAGGAACCGAAUCAAAACUACGUUUUGGAAGUGGUGCUAAUUGAUGUUUCGACUCCUCUCGUUGAUAUCAAUAUAAAUGAAGAGUUGAUUAAAAAUCAACAUGCUAAUCGUCUUUAAGAUUAUUAUAAUAACAUGUAUACAUUUAGGGUUCGUUCCCGAACAACGUGCGUUCUUUAAAAUAUACUUCAUAAGCGCCAUCUGUUUAUAAAAUACACAGGAGCGAACUAAUAUCAGAUAUGUUUUAAAAUCAGCCAUUGUUAUACUUGACGCCGACGAAUAAACUUCUCUCAGCUAAAAAUGGCCUCAAACGUGAAUGAGAAUAAAAAGUUUGAUGGAUAUAUCGAAGGGAUUAAAGAGUAUAAACGCAAAAAAGAAGAAAGAAUCGAAAAUUUGGAGGAUGAAAUAAAAAAACUGCGAACCGAAAUAACUAAUUUGCAAACCGAAAAUAACACUAAAAAUGGGACCAUUGGCACGUUGCAAACCGAAACGGCUAAUUUGCGAACCGAAACGGCUAAUUUGCGAACCGAAAUAACUAAUUUGCAAACCGAAAAUAACACUAAAAAUGGGACCAUUGGCACGUUGCAAACCAAAACGACUAAUUUGCAAACCGAACUGACUAAUUUGAAGGGAGUCGUGCAAAAUUUAUUGGUUAUGUACAACGUAUGCACAGAUAAUGUGCCACCAAUCAUAUGUGCAUCAGAUCAAAAUCGGAUGAUACCAACGGCAAUAGAAUUUGUGUGUACCUCGAAUGAAUGCAGACGAGUUGGCAAGCGAUCUGUAACCCAAGAAUUUCAAACCGUUAUAAAAAGUCUCCAGCCACCAGCCCAAAAUAUAAGAACUUUAUAAAAAAUAAAUUGAAAAACCGCAUUCAACCAAAAAAUAAUGUAUGGAACGACGACGACAGACAAAUUUUUAUUUAUAUUAUAUGUAUUCCUCCAGAAGCUAACCGUGCAGAAACAGUUUGCUACUAAAAUUAAAGCCAUUCAGGGAACCGAAUCAAAAUCUACGUUUUGGACGUUUCGACUCUUCUCAUUGAUAUCAUUAAAAAUCCACACGCUAAACGUUUUUAAGAUUAUUAUAAUAACAUGUAUACAUUUAGGGUUCGUUUCUGAACAACGUGCGUUCUUUAAAAUAUACUUCAAAAGCAUCAUCUGUUUAUGAAAUAUACUUUAUAAAAUAUCAUCAACAACAAAUCAAACAUAUAAAUAAAUAAAUAAAUUUGUAAACAUUUUA